AUGACCUCGGAAAUUGUUCAUGUCCCUUCAAAAUGGCGAGCAAAACACCCUCAUGGAGCCCAUCUCAAUGGAUUUCUAGAGUACCGAACUCUAUACGAAGAAUCGAUUCGCUCUCCAGACACAUUCUGGGCCAAACAAGCACGCGAACUUCUUUCCUUCACUCAAGACUUCCACACCACCCGUAUCGGAUCGUUUCAGAACGGUGAUAACGCGUGGUUCCUGGGCGGACAACUGAACGCUUCCUUCUGCUGCGUCGACCGACAUGCAAUCCAGGACCCAGAUCGAGUGGCAAUCAUCUAUGAACCAGAUGAUCCGCAGGAUGGCAGUCAAAGUAUCACGUAUUCUGAGCUGCUCAGACAUGUUUCCCGACUAGCUGGAUGUUUGCGGGCCCGGGGCGUGAGAAAGGGCGACAUUGUCACUAUUUAUAUGCCUAUGAUCCCGGAAGCUGUUCUUGCUUUGCUUGCGUGUGCUCGAAUCGGGGCUGUGCAUUCGGUUGUCUUUGCGGGGUUUUCUGCGGGUGCUCUGCAGGACAGAAUUGUUGAUGCGAAAUCGAAGGUGGUGAUUACUACUGAUGAAGGCCGGCGAGGUGGAAAGGUCAUUCAUACUAAGUCUGUGGUGGAUGAUGCUGUGAAAGAUUGCUCGUGUGUAUCGACUAUUCUGACUUUCAGACGAACGGGUGGUGAUGUCCCUUGGACUGUUGGCAGAGACCUGUGGUGGGAUGAGGAAGUCAAGAAGUAUCCUGCUUAUAUCUCGCCUGAGCCCAUGCAGUCAGAGGAUCCUCUCUUUUUGCUGUAUACGUCUGGCUCGACUGGGAAGCCCAAAGGCGUGCUGCACAGCACUGCAGGAUAUCUUCUCGGUGCCGCGGUUACCGGUAAGUAUGUCUUUGAUAUUCAUCAAAAAGAUCGCUUCUUUUGCAGUGGAGACAUUGGAUGGAUCACUGGUCAUACAUACACAGUCUAUGCCCCCUUGGUACUCGGGUGUACGACUAUCAUUUUUGAGGGCACGCCGGCUUAUCCUAGCUUCAAACGGUACUGGGAAGUUGUCGCAAAAUGCGCUGCGACUCAUUUUUAUACGGCACCAACCGCCCUGCGACUUUUGAAAAGCAAAAUCAAGAAGGAGGAAAUCGAAUGCUUUGACAUGAGUCAAUUGCGAAUACUUGGCUCAGUUGGCGAGCCGAUCGCACCGGAAAUCUGGAAAUGGUUUCACAAUUUCUUUGGAUCUAAUCAAACGACCCUGACUGAUACAUAUUGGCAAACCGAGACUGGAUCUCACGUUGUCGCUUCAUUAGCCGGUGUGACUCCGAUGAAACCGGGUUGUGCCUCUCUUCCAUGCUUUGGAAUCGAUCUGGCAAUCAUUGAUCCAGUCAGUGGCGAAGAGCUUACAGGGAAUCUCGUUGUGGGUGUUCUAGCAAUCAAGCAACCUUGGCCAAGCAUGGCUCGAACUAUCAAAGACAAUCACGACCGAUACAUGGACACAUACUUCAACAUUUACAAGGGAUAUUAUUUCACUGGCGACGGUGCCUAUCGAGACCAUGAUGGCUAUGUUUGGAUCAGAGGGCGAGUGGACGAUGUUAUCAAUGUCUCAGGUCAUCGAAUCUCGACCUCAGAAAUCGAAAGCGCCCUUCUUGAGCACCCUGCUGUGGCAGAAACGGCAAUAAUUGGAGUCCCGGACAACCUCACUGGCGAGGCGAUCAACGCGGUUGUCUCCCUUAAAGAAAGAGAGAACCCUAUUGAUAUUAAAGACGAGUUGAUUCUUCACAUACGCCGGACGAUUGCGCCCUUUGCGGCCCCAAAAGCAGUCUUUAUUGUGACAGAUCUUCCAAAGACCAGAAGUGGAAAGAUUGUGCGUCGGAUCCUGCGAAAGGCUCUGAUUGGCGAGAGAGAAUUUGGGGAUAUAUCAACCGUAAGAGAACUUUCCAUAUACUGGGACUUUUUCAGGAUACUGACCUCGAUUUAG